ACUGACCGCGAGAGGAGAGAGGGAGGACAUUUUCCGGGAUUGGAAUGCACACGCAAAGUUUGCUGUAAAUCCUGAUUCACUUUAACUCAAGAGGAGGACGUAUCUACAUCUCACGACCUCAUUUUUCUUCUUUUCAAAGGUGUUUACCUCCCACUCCGCCCCACCACGGCCCUCACCUGUGUGUUGCGGUGCUUCCCCUGUGAGCCGACCUGGGCCGGCAGCCCCUUCUUGCACCGCCCACCGACCCGGCCCAUGGUCACCAUGACGCGCUCCAAAACCUUCCAGGCCUACCUGCCCAGCUGCCAUCGCACCUACAGCUGCAUCCACUGCAGGGCGCACCUUGCCAACCAUGACGAGCUCAUCUCUAAGUCUUUUCAAGGAAGUCAGGGCAGAGCAUAUCUGUUCAACGCUGUGGUUAAUGUGGGAUGUGGUCCUGCAGAGGAGAGGGUUCUGCUCACAGGGCUCCAUGCAGUGGCAGACAUCUACUGUGAAAACUGCAAAACUACACUGGGGUGGAAAUAUGAACAUGCCUUUGAGAGCAGUCAGAAGUACAAGGAGGGCAAGUUCAUCAUCGAGCUCGCCCACAUGAUCAAGGACAACGGCUGGGACUGAGCAAGCUGGAUGAUGGGUGAAUGGUGAAUGUGUGGGUGAAUGACUGACUUUGGUUUGCCAUUACCCUCUUAAACCCUGUUCUCCUGCAGACACACAUGCCCCUUGUCCUGGGGAUCAAGAGAGGAGGCCAUCCCGGUGGGUUUUGUGUGUCUGGAGGAGAGCGUGUGUGUGUGUGGCCGCCACCGGCACGUGGGAGCACACUGAGAUACAUGAAUGCAUACACAAGGUGUAUAGACAUACAUGUGUACAGACAACAGCACACAUGCAUACACUAGGGCUUGCACGACUACUCAUUUUUACUAGUCGACUAAUAUGCAGGUCAGAGUUUACCUCUUGCAAAUGACUCACCAUGCACAGUACAACAUCUGCAGUCUUUGCUGUGUAGAGAAAAUGUCGGCACAGCUGAUAUGACGAGGGUGAGAAAGCGAGCUUAUCCAAUUUGUCGCAAGUGGUGUGUACAUGCUGUUUGUCAUGUAAACGCAGGUUGUCAGUGUAUUUUUUAUAUAUUUUUUUUAAUAAGCUGAUUAUUGAAAGUUAUCAGCGUAUUGGUGUGCAUGUAAACAAAGUUGUGUUGAGAUAUAUGGAUAAAGGGACAAAAAAUACUGUGCAACAAGUAGCCUUAUUUAUAUCUGAAAAAAUGCUGAUAUAGAUUGAUAAUCAUCUGGGAAAUUUUCUGAUUAUCGAUGUGUAAAAUAUGCAUUGAUCCUAAGCCUAGUAAUUCCCCAUUCGUGUAUCGUUUUUGUCAGCCUUUGGCCGCAGAUUUAAUUAGUUUCAGGGCACUUUGCAAGAAUUUUGUCUUGUUUAUUGUCUUACACUCUAAAUGGACACAAACCAUCUCAGAUGUCAGCUUGUAAGGUGCUUUGUGAACGCAAAAUGCUUUAGUUUCACUGGAUUUGUAUUUUGCAAAUGUAAAAAUAUACAGGGUUCCUAUGGUCAUGGAAAACCUGGAAAUAUCAGGGAGUUUAUUAAUUCUGUUUUGCAGACCUAGAAAAAUCAUGGAAAUGAAUAAACUCAUGUCACAAGUCAUGGAAAAGACAUGAACAUUUCUAACUUUUUCUAGAUAUUGCUCUUUGGCAGACUAAAACUUGCUUGCUAGUCAUUGUGAAGUUCGAUUGUGAGUGAAUCGUUCUUUUGAGUCAGUUCUUUUCAAUUAAUCCAAUUCACAAAUUCGUCUGAAUGAUUCAUACAUAAUCUGCCAAAAUGUGAAUGAUUUUUAAGUCCUUAUUCAGUGACAGUAUUGGGAAAGUCACUCAAAAAUAGUAAUCCAGUACAAAUUACUAAUUAAUUUGCUAAAGUUGUAAUCCGAUUACUUUACUGAUUCCUUAAUGGGAAAGUAAUAACAUUACUAAUUUACUUUCUAAAAGAAAUUCAUUGAAAAGUCAAAAUAAUGUCUAUAUUUUCUCCUUGUUCAUGGUCCCUGUCCCUUCAGCUGUCACAAACACUCAGACACACAAAUAAACAUAAUUAAAGGGACAGUUCACCCAAAAACGAAAAUUCUCUCAUCAUUUACUCACCCUUAUGCCAUCCCAGAUGUGUAUCAUUUUCUUCCUUCUU